AUCGUUCUCCAUAAAAUUUUGCCGGGAAUAAACCAGAUUGUAAACAGUAAGAUUUGGCGAUGGCUGACAACAAAUGUGUGCAGAUGAUUCAAACGAAUUUUUCAUUACAUGGUUUGGUAUUACCAAGGGAACUCAGGGUAUCCCUUGCAAAGCGUCUGUUAAAAAUACAAGAAGAGGAACGUGAAUCCUGGCUCAAUCGUAUUAUAGAGUUAGUUUUGGCUCAAAAUUUGAAUAAUCCACAUGUUACAGCUGAACAUAUAAAAAGUGCCAUUGAGGAAUGUUUAGAGCCAAAUAAAUUGAAAAAUACAGAAACAGUAUUUAAUGUUAUAGAUGGAUACAAUAUACCGAAGAUAACAUAUGAUAUAUGUAAAAAAAAGUAUAUUAUUGACAGUAACAAGAUAUAUCCUGAAGUACAAUGCAAAUCAUUAAUCUUUAAGCAUCGUUUUGAGAUGGUAUGGUAUAAAACUUUGAGACACAAACAGUUUUUGUCUUCCAAGUUUGAAAGACAACCAGCAGAUAUGAUAAAUUUAAUACCUAUAGAAUAUCUGCUGAGUGAGCUAAAGACUGGAAAUGUAUGCAUAAUGGGUCUGUUAACUCAAUUAACAGAAGAUCAGUAUUAUUUAGAAGACACAAGUGGAUCUGUUAAAAUCAACUUAAACAAUACAAAUUUUCAGGAUGCUUUCAUAAUGGAAGGCUGUAUGGUAAUAGCUAAUGGAAUGUAUAAAGAUGAUAUAUUACAUGUAGAAAAUAUUAGUUUUCCUCCGAUAGAAUCAUGGGAAAGUUUCCGGUCAGAUUUUGGUGAUGCUAAUACAUUUGGUGGGCCACACAGUACAUCCUUAAAAAUGUCAGAAAAAUUACAAGUUUUCGAAAAAAAUAAUGAGGAUGGAAUAAUAGUGUUUAUAGCAGAGUUAUGGUUGGACUUCCCAAAUGUCUUACAAAAAUUUAGAAUGAUAUUGGAAGGUUACAUGGAUUAUCCUCCUAUAGCUUUUGUAUUGUGUGGCCAUUUUUUGAGUUUUCCUACAAAUAUGACCAGUAUACAAGCUUUGAUCACGGGUUUCAGAGACUUAGUGAAAAUAAUAGUGCAGUAUACAAAUGUGAAGGAAACUUCUAAAUUCGUUUUUGUACCUGGCCCACAUGAUUUAGGAUCUCCUAAAAUUUUACCUAAACCUCCCUUGCCUAAAUGCAUCAUUGAUGAAGUCACAAAGUCAAUAUCAAAUGCUAUUUUCACCACAAAUCCAUGUCGAAUACAGUACUGUACAAAAGAGAUUGUAGUACUGAGGGAAGACAUGCUAACAAAAAUGUGCAGAAAUGCACUUCGUUUCCCAAAAGAGGAAGACUUUUUUAAACAUUUUGCCAGAGCCAUCAUCAGCCAAUCACACUUGAUACCUGUGCCACUAGAAGUCGUACCAGUAUACUGGAAGUAUGAUCAUGCCUUACAAAUUUUUCCAACACCAGAUCUUAUUGUCGUUGCUGACAACUUUGAGACGUAUACCGCUAGCUACUCUGACUGCUAUGUGAUUAACCCAGGCAUGUUCUCGAAAAAUAAUUACUCGUUUCAAACUUACGUGCCUGCUGCCAGUCAAAUCCAAGAUUGCCAGUUACCGAAUGAUACUGAUGUUGAUUAGAUUAAAAUAAUAAGUAUUGUAUAAAGAAUAUUGGCGACUUCCUUACAAACUUUAACUAGUCUACAUCUAAAAGAUAGUCUACUUUUUUAAUGGGGACAUCCAUGGAGAAAACCUGAUCAUAGAAUGGUAAAUUAUAUUGAAUAGUAUAAUACACAUUUUUUUUUCUCCGCCACUUUCUUCUAUUUUCACUUAGGAAAGACUAUAGUCUAGCCUGUAAUUAGAAUCGCUUUGUAUAUAUGUAUGCAUAUAAUAUUUGCGUGUGUAUGUUUUUACAACUCGGCAAUAUACAUAAUAUUAUACAGAUAA